GUAGCCGCGUGUUGCCGGUGUGUCCGACAACAUCGGGUUGGAGGUUUGCUCAGCGGGGUUUAAUAACACAAUGUUGUCGUUUGAAGAUCUGAUGACAAGUCUGCAAGACUGCGUGAUCCCCGAGGACCGAGCACCUGAGAAUGUCCGCCAGACAAUCGGGCUCUUUUUGGACAAACUGUCUGAAUCCUCCAGGAGUGGUGUGAAAAGGUGUAAGGAGCGCAGUUUAGAGGAGGCUGCCCAGCUGCUGAGACAAAUUCCAGAGGCACAGCUCGGAGGUUUAGCGGAGAGCCAUCUCCUGACUCUUGUUAGGCUCCUCAUCUCCAUGCAGCUGCAGACGGUCAACAUCUCCACAGCCUGUCGUAAGGUGGACCAGAUGCUGCAGCAUUUGGCGAAGGUGGACCACCAGUUGGUUUUUAGAGAAACCCAUUACUGUUUGCAUUCCAUGGUCCACACUGACCAGGUAUUUUCUUUUGAGGAUCUGCAGAGAGCCUGUAUGUUCCUGGAAGACAGCGCUGUUGGUCGUAAGGUGUGGCGAGAGUCAUACCCGGCCUUGUUGGCUAAGGUGUCCGAGUUAUUCGCUGUUGUAUUGCAACAAGAAUCCCUGAGAGAUGGACCGCUGUGUUACAUUGCUGUCAAGGUGUGCUUGCAAAUGUUUCAGCUGUUGUCCUGUGAAGUGGCUCCUCUAGUUUGGGACAAGGAGCACGGGGGCCCAGCAGUGCAGAAGAUCCUGCAGGCUCUUAUGGACUUAAUACUUGGACAGUGCUGCAACAGGGACACUCGUCUAUUGGCAGGCACUGCUGUGGCCAUGCUGAUCAACACAGCAUCAGACAGCAGAGCUGGUGGAGCUGCUGCCUGGAGUCUGCUACAGGUCUCUGACUUAGAGCCCUGGCUGCUGACUGUUGGUGCUCUCCAGGUACAGUGCACCCCUACAGGGAAAGACGGAGUGGCGAGGCUGGCUGUGAGCAGGGGCCUACUGACAUGCUGUCGACCUCACAUCUUGCUCAGUUCACAUGUGGAUGCCACAGAAAUGUGCUUGCUGCUGAAAGGUUUUUUUCCUCUGGUCUACGCUUUGUGUGAGGAGAAGCUGGAUUGUCACUACUUUGCCUUCGAAGUGUUAACACUAUGGCUGAAGAAAGUGAAAGAGUGUUUGGCUGAUAUCUGGAAAAUGAGAGGUGUCCGCUUUCUGCCUGACAACGGUAGCCUGCAGCAACGCCUCAUUCACAUUAUCUGGACCAAUGCAGAAAGCCCAGUGGAAGGGGUGUCAGAAUUUGUGCGCAGUGCCUUUUGUCUGCUGCUGGACCUCUAUGAGAUGGACUGUGAGCAUUUUUGUGACACAAAGAAGACUCUGUAUUUUGCACUACUUCAGCGAAUAAUCCAACUACCUUGGGAAACCAAAGCCAAAUAUCAUCGCCUUUGUGCCGUACUGCCAUAUGUGGGUGCUGACAUGGUGCUGGAUCAAUAUGCUGAAUUACCCAGUCAUCUACUGAAGUGCUUGUCAACCAAUCACCUGUCACCAUGUGGAUCGGAGCUUUACAAGUGUCUGAUCCAGCAGCAGAGGCGAGAGCUAUGUGGCGGUUCGCAAAAGCUCGACUCACGCGCUGAGCUGGAUCUGGCCGAUGAGUGGGCGAAGCGUUGGCGGCCCGUCCUUCACAAGGCGCUGACGUCGGAUGUGACUCUUCUACAGAACAACAGCUCGACACACUUAUUACCCUGCACCUUUCAGGUCUUCCCAUCUGCUGUGGAUCACCUGCUUGCCUCUCUCGACCCAUUCGCCCCAGGCCACCUCCACGCCUGGGCCUGCAUCAUGAGCUCCUAUCGAGCCACGACUGGAGGCUCUCCCUGGGCCCUGCAGGGUAGCUCAGCCCUUGAAACCCUCCAGCUAGCUCUAGGAUCUGCGGAUGACAAAGUCCGUCUUGCUGCACUCAACCUCCUCUGCUGCAGCCCAAAGACCAAAGACACUCCAACUACAGAGGAGAUGUCGACAAUGAAGAUGUUUAUUCCUCAGAACCUAAACUGUGAGUCCUCGCCCUUUCGGCAGCAUUUUCAGGCUGGAGUAAAAAGGUUUCUGGUACGUAUCAGAGACGGCUGCUUGGCACAUGUCAGAGGACAGAAGGGCAAAAAGGAAGGAGAGACCACCCAGUCAGAGAGGGCAAAGGAUUUACUGGAGCAGGGAAUAGAACCUUUUUUUAUAUGUCAUGUAGGUUUUGUGGAAUGGUUGGGUCAACUUCCAUAUAGCUAUCUGGCACCAGGACACAGUUAUCAGAGGAAGAAGACUGCGUUGCUGUUGCUGUCCGCAGUGCUGGAGACCUGCACGGACACCUGGAGCCCAGACAAGAAGAAGGGACAACCUCCAGCGAACAUUGGGUCUCUUAUUAACUGUGCCAGACAAAGAGGACAGUGGGAUUUCUUCUGCAGGACGAAACAGCUGGUCCUUAUCAGCUGUUUAGAAGAUUCUACAAAUGAGAUCCGGGAGCUCUCAGCUGGGUUAUUGUUGAGAUUUUUCCCACCCAGUUUUCCGGAUGAUAUUGCUGCAGUGCUACUCAUGCGAACCAAACAACUUCUGUGCAGUCCUCGGGUGCAGGAGGCUCAGAUGGGAGCACUGGUGAUGAAGGUCCUCCUUCAGAAAUCACGAGACCAGCCUGAAGACUGCAGGCUAAACACUGCCAUUGCUAUCAGCAGUGGAAGUAACCCCAAGGCCUCCUGCAUGGUCAGAUUCCUGGUGAAGGAGCUGGAAGAGCAUUAUCUGACAGCCAAGGCUGACAUGAUGCUUGCUGCCAGAACCAAGCCUAUACAUGGUGUUGUAAGUGCCCUUCAGAGAUGUUUGCUUGAGGCAGAAAGCAGUGUCCAUGACACACUUGACCACGGUCUGACCAUUGAGGUACUGGGCCUGCUGGAGAACAUCUCUCUGCUGCUGCUGGGUGUUCUGUAUGGAGAUCGGGAUGCUUGUGCCACUGAAAAGGAUGCACCCCCUUCUUUUUGUGAUAUGGGAAACGCCAUCAGCUCACUGAUUACCCAAACAACUGGAGGAGGCCAAGGGGAUGGACAGGAGUGUGUCCUGCUGUCCGAAGAGCACAGCCUCGUUCUCACCUGCUGCUGGGUCUCCCUCAAGGAAAUAGGAAUCUUUUUAGGUUCUCUGGUGGAGAAAAUUUUCACUGGAUUCAAACCCAGCAAGCGCCUUCUAGAAAAAGAGGAUCUAAUUAGAGCUUCAAAAGUAUUCAAGAAUAUCCUUCUCAAAUGCCGUCACUGGGGAGCAGUAGAGGGAUGUUGUAUAGGCUUCACCAAGUUCUGCGCCUCACUGUUAAGCAGCAGUGAUCCAGAGCUUAGGGAUAUCCCCGCCCAAAUGCUGAAACAAGGAUUGCAGGUUGUGCAGUGCCCCCUUUCUACAUCUGUGACCCGGCGGGCUGCAGGGUUGCCUAUGCUCAUCCUGUGUGUUGUAUCAGCAGAGGAGGCCAGUAAAACAAGACCACUGUUAACCCACAGUAUGCAAACCUUACUGGAGACAGCCAAAACGCCUCUGCCUGAGAACUGGGACCAAACACUGGAUCUGCCACAGGUGUGUGCGGUUCACACUCUGCAGGCCUUGGUGCGUGGCUCGGGUCUAGGAGUAGCCGUCCUUCAGUUUGCUCCUGCCGUAGCCGCCUUGUCACUCACUCUGCUCAGUUCUCCCUGCUGGGCCAUGAGGAAUGCUGCACUGCAACUUUACAGUUCUCUGUGCUCGCGAAUGCUCGGCCAGCGGCCCAGCAGUGAAGACAGUGGCCCUACCCAGCAUGGCAUGUCCCCCCCAGCCUUCUUCUUCCACUACCCUGCGCUCCAGCCCUUCCUCCUAGGCGAGCUGAGAGGGGCAGCACAGGACCUCCAGGGUCGGCCUAAUGAGGCCAAGCUACACCUCAAGCCCUCGCUCUACCCUGUCCUCACUCUGUUAGCCCAACUCCAGCCUGGCGUCCAAGACUCAACAGAAACUUUGUCAGACUUCCUGCCUCCUUUACUCCAGCUGUCUGCCAGUCCUAUUUACAGUGUGAGAGUGAUGGCCGCCAGGGCUUUGGUUGCCAUGACUCCCCCCUCAGAGUACAUGAGCAUCCUCGUCAAACUGGCGGCUCAACUGCCCAGUCCACAGGAGCACUGCUGUCACAACCGGCUCCACGGACAGCUGCUGCAGAUCAAAGCUCUUCUGGAGAGAGCUCUCACAGACAGUGCCCCUUCAGCUGCCCUGUCUGAGGUGCUGAGCAGGGUGGAUGCCUCGCUGUGGCUAGUGACCAAAGCUCAACGCUGCCCCCUAGUGAGAGCAGUCUACCUCGGAGUGGCAGACUCACUGAGGAGAUUCUGCUGUGAGACCUACCUGUCAAAGCUCAGUGACACACUCAUGCAUGAACUCCAAACACCCCAAACCGGGCUUCAGGUUGGUUUGUCAUCCUUCCAUCAACGAGCCAUCCACUUUCUUUGUGCAGAUCUGAAGUGGGGGUGCCAAAUCUGGAACAGCUUCUCUGCAGUGAGCCCUGAUCUGAAGCUCUCACUGGUUACGUGGGUGGUGGAUGGGCGGGGUUCGCAGCAGACCAGCUUGAAAGAGGUGAUCCAGAGGGUGUUGCAGUCAAACCUGAGGGAGGCAUUGUUGAGCCACAGUGUGGAGUACCGCAGGACCUACCUCGCAGCCCUGAUAGAGGUGAUGACUGGAGGUGAUUCUACUUUACCCCAGCAUCUUCCUCAGUCGCUUCCACUGGAGGAGCCAGUUCUGCCCGAAUGUCUGGAUUUGUUGCUUAGGGACCUGGAGGACCAGCGAGGAGGGCCAGAGUUUCUCUCCCAGGGUCUGUGUGUUGCUAGUCUUCUGCUCACCCAGUGGUCAGACUCCAGUGUAAAGAUAUCCACGUUCCUGCGCUGGUGCAGCAUCUUGGAAUGCCACCGGUCCCCAGACGCCCCUGAAGUGCUCCGGAUGGCGUGUGCUGAAGCUCUGUGUGUGGCUGGAGCUCCACUAAUGAGCCACAGCCUGAGAAAACCCAGCACUCUGCCUGCUAUCAUGAUCAGGUUGAUCAACACGGGCCUUUACUUGCUGCAGGACCAAAGCAAGCAGGUGAGGAUGAAAGCAGCUUGUUUUACCUCCAUGCUGCACCAUGCGAGAAGAGGAGAGAGCCGGAGGAGCGUCUACCUCAUGCAGGUCAACCAGGCUCUGCCGCUCUUGCUGGACCUGCUGCUGGAGGAAUGCUUCAAAACCCCUGGCACACUGGAGAUGCUGCUGUGUCACCUGCCUCAGUCUGACCUCAGAUGUGCGCUGAGAGACGCCUCAGAGACAGGGUGUUCCAGUCUAUAUGAGCAGGACGAGGCCAAUGUGUUUGCAGAGCCCUCUGUGAUGUCAGCACAUGUGCUGCCCUGCCUGCUGCAUUUGGCUGAAAAAUACUCUGAAUCCUCUGCCCUGGUACCGAGCCUGAGUGCAUGGGCAGAGCAGAGUGCUGCACAGGUGGCAGACAGCCUUGCAGUUUGCAAAGAGCUCCAGCCAGCGGAGACAUUGACCCCGGCCUGGCUGGCUCUCCUCGUGGACCCCUGUUUCCACAGCACCCUGUGUAGCCUGUUCACCAGGGCUGCCUUCCUCCUCCGACUGUUGAAAGCAUCUGACGAUUUACGACGCCUUUGCGAUCCUUCGUCCCUGCACACGAGUUUACAGGAAGUUUGUAGUCUGCUCAGUCAGAACGGUGUCCACUUUCCCUCUGCUUUAACAGCUGCUGUGGCUGGAGAGCUGCCCCUGUGACAAAAACUGAGCUUUUUUCGUACACUCAAUGAGCAAAGCCUUUUGGCCGAUGUGGCCCAGGAUAAAAUUACCUGAUGAGAUCAACAUAUGCAGCUUUAGUCUUGAGUGAGUAUUGCAACUGCUGAUGCUGCAGUACACUAGUACUUGGCGGGUUGACUGAUUUAUGUAAGAGGCCAGUUGGAUCCAUCAUCAUAUUACCUACACAGUGAAGAGACCCAUUGGGCAUUAUGUGCCAUGUGCACAUGAGGAGGAUAGUGUAGCAAAACAGUUGUUCUUCAUAACCUCUGGAGGCGUGUUUUGGCUACAGUGCUUGUGGAGUUUAUAAUGUACACUUUGUGGAGCUUUAUUCAUUUUCUAGAAUAAAGCUUUUUUUUAUGCAGAGGUACAGCCACUAGAAUAUACCCAGGUCUCUGCAAUCAGCAUUACCCCGAGCAAUAUGCUCAUUUUUAUUCCCAGAGCAGUGCUCCUGUCCUCUGUUGUUGUAAGUUGUUUUCCAUGUCUCAGCAGCAGCAGCAGCAGUAGCAGGGCUAGACCUGAUUCAGUGAUGUACUGAAACAGCAUCUUUAGAAAUUGGCUGCUUGGUGCCCAGCAGGGGAAUACAGUGUAUGCUUUAAUGCUCCAUUAGAGGCCGUCCGCCUGGAUAAGUGUCCAUUUUACUACCACAUGAGGGCUGAAGAUGAUUGACUGGAUCUGAUAGAGAGCUGGCCGUUGCUCUGCAACGGACCUCACACUAGUGCAGUCUUACAUCAGACAACCCCCGGCUUUGUUUGACAGGGGCAGCUUUCAGUAUUAGACAAACACUGACAUGAGAGAGAUUGCACAUGCUCUGGUUGGCCAUAUUAGACAAUGAAUUAAAUGUACAUAGAAGUUCUUAUUGCUGUGUCCUCACAACUUUUAUUUCCUUGAGAUAUGGUAUUGUUAGAGGCAAUUAAAUUCUUAGGAUAGACAACCAAUUUCUCAACAUCUGACUGUAAAGCAGCAGAGUUACAGUUUUUAUCUUUAUUCUUUUUGCUGUUCCAUGUACCUUGAUAUGCACAUAAGAUACUUUUACUUCAGCUCAGGUUUCCAUUGUGUAAUCAUGAAGCAUUGUGUUUGUGAGCAUCUAGAUUACGCAACAGCUAUGACAUCAAGCUCACUGAUGAUUCAUACAUUAAGCUUGUCCAAUAUAUUUCCCUACGACCCACGCCAAAAUUAGUACCUGCUGUGUAGAGCUCUCUGAGAUUAACAUCGUCUCUGUGCCUCAAAGGAACGUACAGUUGGUUCUUGUGGAGACCAUGACACAGAACACUGAGGUGAUAACAAGGUUUUGCUGAAUAGUGUAAAUUGUCAAUCAAAACUGUGACAUACAGUAUGUCAACAUGUUUGGACAAACCUUGAGUCAUCUUAUCAAGAAUUUUCCCAAAGUCUGAAUUAUGCCACACUGAACACCUACAGAAUGCACGAAUUGAUGAAAAACAUCUGCUGUUGACCGCAUGGCUGUUAUUCGACAAAAUUCGAAAACACAUGUUUUAGUUUCAUAAGCAAUAUAUGACAAAGCAUAGCCAGAGGCUUUAAAAUACAAACAGGGGCUUGAACUUUGGCCUCCUUCAAGACAAAGACAAGAAAAACGUGGCUUGGCUUCUUGACAGUCAACUCGCAUGAAAGCAAAGGCUUAAUUUUAAUGAAAAGAUAUUUUACUCUUUAUUCAUCCAUCAGACUCAACUUGGACAGUCUGUGUAAUAUUAUGUCUUCUGCCUUAACCUUUGAAAACAAAGUUGGAGAAGUGAUUUGAAGGUGAGCAGGGUUUGAAAUUUUCCUGAAGACGAAUUGAGUAUAAAACUGUAAAAUGACCACCUGUCUUUUUAAAAAAAAAAAAAAAAAAAAAAAAAAAAAGGCCUUUGCUGCUGUUACUGAGAGUGUUGAGUCUGUUGCCCCUCAGUGAGCCUGCUUCCUGCUAAUUAAAUGAUUAACUAUGGCAACAGGGAACAAGGCCAUGCAGGAACAACCACAUUUAUUUGUUGUGUGUGCAUGUGUGUACAUGCAAUUUCAACUGUUGGAUCCUAACUCUUAAGGUUAAAAAAUAGCAAGAACCAUUUUUUUUUUUAAAUUCUAUAAAUGGAAUUGCAACAAAAAUCUUAAUGAAUUAAAUCCAUUUCAAAAGAA